AAGGCUGAACUGAUUCAUUCAAGGCUUCAGUAUUUUGGACUCUGAAGGCUGACAGGCACUGAUACCCUACUGAUACAGAGAUCUUAUAUAGGAAGCCGCUUCAGAGUUUGUUCGAUAAAAAAAGAGAGUUUGCUUUUAGUGUUUUGUUUUAUCAUUAGUAAACGCCUCGAGCAAUUUUAAGAAAGUAUUCGGAUCCUAAUUUUUUCCUCUGUUCAUCUGGGAGUCGAAUGGCCUCUGUUGUUACAGUGAAGACAGAGAAGCGUCCUUCCCAUGACUCUGCGGAUGGCGACACAGUGGCUAAGAAGGCUAGGAAGUUGUUGCCCAGCCUGAAGACCAAGCGCGCCCCUGAGCUUGUGCUGGUGAUUGGCACGGGGGUGAGUUCAGCCGUAGCUCCUCAAGUGCCCGCAUUACGCUCCUGGAAAGGUCUGAUCCAGGCGCUGCUAGAUGCUGCCAAUGACUUUGAUUUGCUUGAGGAGGAAGAGAGCCGCCGCUUCCAGAAAAGUCUGCAAGAGGACAAAAACCUGGUGCAUGUUGCUCAUGACCUUAUCCAGAAACUUUCACCGCGGACGGGAAAUGUACGCUCCACCUUUUUUAAAGACUGCCUCUACGAGGUGUUUGAUGACUUGGAGUGUAAGAUGGAGAACGCUGGGAAGCAUCUCCUUCGCUCCGUGCUGCAGUUAAUGGAGAGUGGCGCUCUGGUCCUCACCACCAACUUUGACAAUCUGCUAGAGAUCUACGCUGCCCACCAAGGGACCAAGCUGGAGUCUCUGGAUCUCACAGAUGAGAAGAAGGUUCUGGAGUGGGCUCAGGAGAAGAGAAGACUGAGCGUACUUCAUAUUCACGGUGUUUACACCAACCCCAGCGGCAUUGUACUGCAUCCUGCUGGCUACCAGAACGUUCUGAGGAACACAGAAGUCAUGAGGGAGAUCCAGAAACUCUAUGAAACCAAGUCUUUCGUGUUCCUGGGCUGCGGGAGGACAGUGGACGACACCACCUUCCAGGCACUGUUUCUCGAGGCGGUCAAACACAAGUCCGACCUUGAGCAUUUCAUGCUGGUGCGGCGAGAGGACGUGGGAGAAUUCAAGAAGCUCCGAGACAACAUGCUGGACAAGGGCAUCAAGGUCAUCUCGUACGGCAAUGAAUACGCCGACCUGCCAGAGUACUUCGAACGACUGGCCAAUGAGAUUUGCAACCGGGAUGUGGUGACCAAUGGCUGGGGAUCUCCCAUCUCACAAGGCGAAGAAAGUCAAAAUGGCUUUACGACCCAGAAGAACCUCCUGCAAGACUUCCACUCGUGACACAAGUGGCAGUCUGGGAACGUUUCCACAGCUCCGCCGCCCCCUUCCGCUCGGAUCUGGUAUGACUAGAUCUUCACGCACAACAGACUCAUUUUCUCAUACUAAAACCGAGCGCUGCCAGUACUCGUCCGCUUCACACGGGAAAGGCGUGAGUAAAAGUACCACUAAGCAAACUGUGAACUCCUGCAACUCGGAAAAUGUUUAUGAAACUCUUCAUGCGAGUGAGGGAGAAAUAUAAUUUUUUUUAAAUGUGGUUUUAAGUGAAGUUGUGGACCAAGAAUGAUGUUCAGGACCAGUCUGACCUUAAACAUGAGCUGUUAAAUACCAAAACAGCUGAACAGGAGCGUUUUAGCAAUGCAGUCUCACUUCCCGUUUUUCACAACAGUAAAUACACCAGCAAUAUUUAAAUGGUCAUUGUGUGAAAUGUCCAUGUCAUAUUU